GUUUCCCGACCUUUUCAUUGCCCCGGGCCUAUUUAUUUGGAACCUCAACAUGAUUGUUUACUACCCCUGAAAAUCUCCACAACCGACUGUCACUCAAAUCCAAAGGACUUCAUCAUACAAGCCAUCCAAAAUGCGUUUUUCAGCGGCAGCUCUCGUAGCAGGCCUACAACUGUCAACCGCUUUUGCCGUGGACAGCGGACAGAAACCCCUAGGCUUCGAACAGAAACCCAAGGGGACGACGACAAAGGGAAAGAAACAGCCUAACAUCGUCUUGAUUCUUACCGACGACCAAGACUUGCAUUUACAAUCUCUCGACUAUCUGCCCCUUAUCCAGAAACAUCUGGCAGAUGAAGGUACUACAUACAAACGUCACUACUGUACAACGGCCAUCUGCUGCCCUGCCCGAGUUUCUCUGUGGACCGGGAAGCAAGCUCACAAUACCAACGUCACGGAUGUAUCACCGCCAUAUGGUGGAUAUCCCAAGUUCAUCAGUCAAGGGUUCAACGAAGCCUACGUGCCAGUCUGGCUCCAAGAAGCCGGCUACGACACUUACUACACCGGCAAGCUUUUCAACGCCCACACCGUCGACAACUACGACUCCCCCUACAUAGCCGGCUGGAACGGCUCCGACUUUCUCCUAGAUCCCUACACCUACUCGUACCUCAACGCCACCUUCCAGCGCAACCGCGAUCCACCAGUUAGCUACGAAGGCCAAUACUCAGUCGACGUCCUCGCCGAAAAGGCCUACGGUUUCCUCGACGACGCCGCCAAAAACGUCCACAACCGACCCUUCUUCCUCGGCAUCGCCCCCAUUGCUCCUCACAGUAAUGUCGAGCCGCGCUUCCCUUCUUCAGUAGGCACCCUCCACCGCCGUCCAACCAACGAACAAGACGACAUCGAAAAGUUCGUCUCCUUCACCCCACCCAUCCCCGCCGCCCGACACGCCCACUUGUUUCCAGAAGUCAUCGUCCCGCGCACCCCGCACUUCAACCCAUCCUCGCGCGCCUCGGGCGUGUCCUGGAUUUCUCGCUUGCCACUACAAAACGCCGAGAACGUGGCCUUCAACGACCACUUUUACCGCCAGCGGCUGCGCACGCUGCAGUCCGUGGACGAGCUAGUCGCGGGCGUCGUGACGCGGCUGGAGCGGUAUGGACUGUUGGAGGACACGUACGUCUUCUACACGACCGAUAAUGGAUACCAUAUUGGUCAGCAUAGGCUGCAGCCGGGGAAGGAGUGCGGGUUUGAAGAGGAUAUCAAUGUUCCGUUGAUUGUGAGGGGGCCGGGCGUGGCGAGGGGGGAAGUGGCAGAGGUGGUGACGAGUCAUGUGGAUUUGGCGCCGACGGUUUUGAAGUUAGCUGGGGCGUUGGGUGAUAACGAUAAUGAAGAGUUUGGGCUGGAUGGGGAUGAAGAGUUUGGGCUGGAUGGGGAGGCGAUCCCGCUUACUGCUGAGGAGCUGGUUGAAGCGGAGGAAAAGGGGAAGAGACAUGAGCAUGUCACGGUUGAAUAUUGGGGCUUUGCCGUCUCCGAAGGUCGAGUGUUCGAAAAGGACGCGACGAGGUUCUGGACGAACAAUACAUACAAGGCAGUGAGGAUAUUGGGCGAAGGGUAUAACUUGUACUACUCCGUUUGGUGCAGUGGUGAACACGAGUUGUACGACCUUCAGACCGAUCGUUACCAGCUCAACAACCUCCUCGACCCUUCAUCGCUAGCCAGUGGGAAGACACCGUCGUCUCUCCUUGGGGUGCCAUUUCAGAAAGUCGUUGCCCGGCUCGAUUCACUUCUCUUUGUCCUCAAGUCGUGUAAAGGAAAGACGUGCAUCCGACCAUGGGAGGCAUUGCACCCGGCUGGCAAUGUGCAAGAUCUACACGAUGCUCUCUCAAGUAGGUUUGAUUCCUUUUAUGAGAAAGAACAGAAAAGGGUCGAGUUCGACCGGUGCGAGAGGGGAUACAUUGUCGAGGCGGAAGGUCCGCAGUUUGAGACGGACGGGUUGGUAUAUCGGGAUGGGCACCGAUGGGAUCAGUGGGUUUAGAAGAUGCGAGCAUCUCUAUGUUGGGAAGACAUCUUCACUUCUACGUAUGACCUUCCUUACUUGUUGCCAUAGAACAAUACUUCAUCAUAGUCAAUGUUUGAAUGAGUUGGUCA